AUGAGCAAGACACGUUUUAACGCACCCAUUGUCAGCACAGCACACCGUCCGCACUCCUGGGUAGCUGAUCGUAUCCUCAAGUGGGUUCCCACAGAGUCGCACUGUCCAAGGAAUGAGCACGGACAGUUUGUCAGCAUCUCUGAGUUGGAACUUGAGCAGAUAUCGACCGUAACCUGCCAGGCAUGGGCGACAUCCACACGGGAAACGUACGGAACUGGUCUGCUCAUAUACCAUGUCUUCUGCGACAUGCAAGAUGUGCCGGACACUCAGCGUGCGCCCGCAUCCGAGCUGCUCAUACUCACAUUCAUCUCAGCACUUGCAGGCUCAUACAGCUCGAGCACCAUCAACAAUUAUCUCUGCUAUGAAGCUGCACUCACUGGCGCAGGACAGCUCGCACCUCCUUCGUCGACAAGGCCCAAGCACGAUCCCAUCACAAUCAACCUACUGAUGCAAAUUGAGGUGCUUCUCAACAUCUCGCAAACCGAGGAUGCCACAAUCUGGGUGUGCGCUUGCGUUGCUUUCUUCUCCUUAGCCCAGCUUGGGGAGCUGACAGUAAAAACCCAGAAGUCCUACAAGGCUUCCGAGCACCCCUCACGGCAGUCCGUUCACAUCGUGAAGCAUAGGGACGGGAGCAUUGUGCACUCCAUACACCUCCCCAUAACCAAGACAUCUCCGAAAGGCAAAGACAUCUCAUUUGCAAAGCAAUCGUCAGGCAGGGUCGACCCCUGGGAGGCACUUGACAACCACUUUGCCGUCAACAACUUGAAGGACUCGUCGCACCUUUUCGCUUAUAGGAAGCAACCGUCAAACACAAUUGUUCCCCUGACUCGCAAUGCAAUGCUGAGACGCCUCCGAGCCAUCGCUCCAAAGCUCGAACCAAGUGUCGCAAAAAUCGCGGGCCACAGCUUUCGGAUUGGCGGCACACUUGAAUACCUGCUCCGGGGUCUCUCCUUCGAGACAGUCAAGGCCAUAGGGCUCUGGAAAAGCAAUGCAUUCACACUCUAUCUUUGCAAGCAUGCCCAGAUCCUCGCGCCAUACCUGCAAGACAAAGACAAGCUGCUGGAGCGUUUUUUGCAGUUGACUAUUCAAUUGCCACCGGUGCGCUAG